AUGUUAAAUCAAAUUGGUUUAACACAGUAUUAACUCUAUAUAUAUAUAGAUAAUUAAAUAAUGAAAAAAAAGAGUAUAUGACUCAGAUAGCUGUAAUUGAAGCUUAAGAUUUCGCAGCUAAAUAUUCCUUUGAGUCUGAUACUUAUAGAUGUUUACUAGAUGAUUAGUUAAUAGGGGAAAAACAUUGAUAAAGGAGAGGAAAUCGAAAAAAAAUAGCUGUCGUUGGCAAACCCAUAUAAACUAAAUUGAAGGUUAAAAUUAAAGGCAAAAGUACUUAAUGGAGCAAUAAUUAAUUGGUUUAUCUCUGUAACAGCAAAUAAAAAAACAUAAUUAUAAGUGUUAUGAAAAAUUAAUAAAAUUAUAAUAUAGAGUUAGAAAGGCUUUUUCUAUUAAUUUUCCUUUAUAGAAUGAUAAAGUAAUCUGAAGAGUUUGUAUAGCAGAGACUUGUAUAGGUUAGAUUCCUGAAUUUACUUCAGAAAAGGAUUGUUUUAAUAUUGCUUAUUUAUAAAGACAAGGAGAAAUUUUGCCAUCUAGAUGCUUUUACUUUAAGAAUUCCUAAAAAUCAUCAAUAAUUAAAUAACUGCAAGAGAAAUUUCAAUCAAAUAUUAAUUAUUAAGCGUUCCUUUAAUUAGUUUCUUAGGGUCAAUUCGAAAUGUUUUUUGAGGUUCUAUCGUUAAUAAAACUUCCAGCAUUAUUAGUAUAAAAACUACCUUAAGAAUAUUAAGUUAGAUUAAUUUUUUUUGAAACAUCCUCAUUUUAUCCUGUUAUAAAAGCUGUUGAUAUCUAUAUUAACUAUGUUAUGGAUUGGAUGCCAACAAACAAAAGAUUGGAAAUUAGUAAAGAUUGAUUCAUUUAUUGAAAAAGCAGAUUGA